AUGCUGAUGCGUACUACAAUACCUGCGUGCUUCCUACUUCUCGUGCUCCUGCUCGUCUUGUCGACUGGGACUGGCGCAUCGUCUGCUCCAACAGUCGAAGAGCUUACCGGGGUGUCCGUGCCGAAGCAGGGCCAGCCUGCUCAGUUGGUAACGAACGGCGAGCGGACUUUGAUGCGCGCGAACAAAAUCAUUGACGGCGGACCUCCUGAAGAAAGGGGAACAAUGGAUCUUGGAGUGCGGCUGAAAGAGAUGUUCACCAACGUCAAGACCAGAGCCAAGAUUAAAGCGGUCAAACGCUUCUUUAAGGGGACUCGAGACAAGGUUGUUAGCACGUAUAGGAAAGCACAUAACGAGUUUUUGGCAUGGUGGGACAACGUAGUGACCACGUACAGAUCGGAGCAGGCAGCUGCAGCGGAGAAGAAAGAACGCGACAUGUCGCGGGAGCUGGAAGAGAACUACAAAAUGUCGAAGAGUAUGUCCAAAAGGAAGGCCGUUUGA